GUACAAUGUGAGCGACCGAAAGCCACCUCUUGAACGACACAUGUGGGAUUUUGUUGAUCGGAGCUAAUGAAUUCUAACAACAAGUGAUCGAAAUCAGUUCAUCUGUCUUUAAACUGUAAAAUCGUGGGGUUUUACCCACGUCUUCCAAAGCAAGAUGGCAAACAGCAGUCUCCAGUUCAAGACCAAGUAAGUCGAACGCACUUCACGUGGAUAGCUAGCUAGCUAACUGAGCUAGCUAACGCCGGGCAAAUCCUAGCUAUCUUUAAAUUUACAUCAUUUAGCAGACGCUCUUAUCUUACCGUUGUUUUCUUCUGCAUGUAGCUAUGCUGUUUCCAGCACUAUCGAACCAUUCUACAAGGGAGGAAAAGUACAGGUAAGUUGUUUUAUCACUGAUAGUUACCUCCCUCUGUAAAAUAGUUAGCUAGCUAACUAUCCAACGUUACUGUAGAUAUAAUUAGCUAGCUAAGUUAUACCGUUGACAUAUAUUUUAUGGUAUUUCAAUGUUUUCCUACGUUACAGAUCAGUAAAGAUGAGAAAUACAUAUUUUGUACGUGUGGCACACGUGUCAACGUCUUGCAAAUCGUCACAGGGAAGAUUGUUCACAGUAUUGAACAGGUGAGACUGUCCUCUCUCUCUCUCUAAACACUCGUGUGUAGCUAGAUUAGACAUUAAUUUCAUGUCUGCACAGAUUCUCAUUUCCAUCACUGUUGUGAUUGCAGGAUGAUCAGGAGGACAUUACAUCAUUCGCCCUCAGCCUUGAUGAUGAGGUAAAACAUUUGACAUAAUAUGAUGUGCUGUUCCAUAACUAAGGCUGCAUUUACACAGGCAGCACAGUUGUGUUCUUUUGCCCAAUUGGUCGCAAAAGAUCUGAUCAGAUUGGUCGAGAAACCAAUUUAGUCACACAAAUAUCAGAAUUGUGCUGCCUGUGUAAAAGCAGCCUUAGUUUGACUAACUAAAGGCAUCAGUAUGCUUCAGUUAGGCUGGCGCCUUUUGCAUGAAAACAAGUCGUCACUCCUUGAAUGACAAUACUUUCUUGAAGAAUCCCUACUGUUGACCAAUCACCGACGAAGGGUUGUAGAUUUUGGCUCCGAACUUCAGGCUUGCCUCCAGAAUUUGUGUGUGUGCCCGAACAGCCCAAAAAAACCUCACCAAAGUGCAAAAUGAACUAAAACGUUACAAAAUGUUGUCAUAAUAUAUGCACAAACUUGACCGAACUGUUGCAGCUGGGAAGCAUGUGGACACCUUUAAUCCCCUCUCUUCCCUUCAUCCCUUACUUCCCCUUUUCUCCUCCCUCUUCUUCCCUUACCCCCCUCUCACUCUCCAUCCCUCACCCUUUCUCUCCAUCCAUUCCUCCUUCCCUCCUCAGAUCCUGGUAACAGCCAGCAAGGCUCUGCUGCUGAAGCAAUGGGACUGGAAGCAGGCCCAGUGCACACGCUCCUGGAGGGCCAUCCACAACGUGCCCAUCGCCAGCAUGACCUUUGACCCCACCUCCACGCUCCUGGCCACAGGUGAGCGGAUCGACCUCCUCAUAGGAUAACUUCCCACACCCAUCAUACCCUAACCUGGUCCCAGAUCUGUCCCACACCCAUCAUACCCUAGCCUGGUCCCAGAUCUGUCCCACACCCUAGCCUGCUCCCAGAUCUGUCCCACACCCAUCAUACCCUAGCCUGGUCCCAGAUCUGUCCCACACCCAUCAUACCCUAGCCUGGUCCCAGAACUGUUUGUGCCGUGACAAUGGCCUCUGUGCAGAUGAUGUAUAUUGUUUUAAUUUCUGAAUAAUUGUGCUGAAAGAAACCACUGAUGCCAGCUGGCAAGAAAGCACUUACAGAUCUGGUACCAGGCUAUACCUAGUAACAGUGUUAAUUUUGGCAAUCUUUUAGAGUAUUUUAGUCUUAGUCAUUUUGACAAAAAUAUAAUUAAGUCUUAGUCAAAUUUUUGUCAUUUUGAAUAAUGAUUUAGUCUAAUUAUUAUCCAAAGGAGUAAAACAGUGGGCCUCCUUGUCACGAGAAUUUUGUUAUCUCUAUGGUUGAAGCCAACUACUUCUUAAGUCUUUGAAUGAUUCCCAAAAGGUUGUAAAUCUCUUAGUUUGAAUAAAUUAAACAAAGACUCAAUCCUGCAAUGGUCAGCAUAUUUAUUCAUGAGAGCGCUCUGCAACAAAAUGGUCAUACAAUAUUUUUAUACGCACACGUUAGAGGAAAAAAUCCCACCCCGCUGUAGGCGGGCUGUAUUUUUCCACUGUACAUGUCUUGUAAGUUCACACCUGGGUCUAGCUCAUGUUUUCCUCUGCUCUCCUGACCAUCAGGUCACACACACAUACGUUCUUAUCAUAAUCUACUCCCUGCUCGGGCAGGCUGCAUUCCUUAGAUAUCGCCGUCCUCAGAAUAUUCUGAAACCUUUUCAUACUCUCCUUUCCCUGUGUGUUUUUUGAACCAGUCUCCUGUUAUUGGUUUCAAUCGUACUCUGUUGCUGGGAUAUAAACACAUUUGAUUAACUCUCUAAGCUCUAGUCUACUAAUUAGUUAUACAUUAUUAGUUUAACUGAGGGUGUGACAUUUUAGUCAUAUCUUACUCACACAUUUCUUUAUCACUCCUGUAGCUCAGUUGGUAGAGCAUGGCGCUUGCACCGGCAGGGUUGUGGGUUUGAUUCCCACGGGGAGCCAGUAUGAAAAAUGUAUGCACUCACUAACUGUAAGUCGUUCUGGAUAAGUGUGUCUGCUAAAUGAUUAAAAUGUAAAUUUUAGACCACUAAAUGCCCUUUCAUUUUAGUCACAUUUUGUCACAUCACAUUUGUAUUGCCUCAUAAACCUAUAGUAAACAUAAAUCACUGACUUCCAUGUGCACAAACAUACAUAUCCUUGUCCUACCAACAUAUCUUUCUGCAUAACAUCAUUUUCUUCCCAACAGCAGAAAAAUGACAAACAUAUAAGAAUGUACAGCGCCUUCGGAAAGUAUUCAGACCCCUUCACUUUUUCCACAGUUACAGCCUUAUUCUAAAAUAAUAAUAAUAUGCCAUUUAGCAGAUGCUUUUAUCCAAAGCGUCUUACAGUCAUGCGUGCAUACAUUUUUACGGAUGGGUGGUCCCGGGGAUCGAACCCACUACCCUGGCGUUACAAGCGCCAUGCUCUACCAAUUGAGCUACAGAGGACCACAAUGGAUUAAAUUGUUUUUAUUGCUCAUCAAUCUACACACAAUACCACAUAAUGACAAAGCAAAAACAGGUUUUUAGAAAUUUUUGCAAAUGUAUUAAAAAUAAUAAACUUAAAUAUCACACUUACAUAAGUAUUCAGACCCUUUACUCUGCAUUUUGUUGAAGCACCUUUGGCAGCGAUUACAGCUUUGAGUCUUUUGGGGUAUGAAGCUACAAGCUUGGAUUUGAGGAGUUUCUCCCAUUCUUCUCUGCAGAUCCUCUCAAGCUCUGUCAGGUUGAAUGGGGAGUGUUACUGCACAGCUAUUUUCAGGUCUCUCCAGAGAUGUUCGAUCGGGUUCAAGUCCGGGCUCUGGCAGGGCCACUCAAGGACAUUCAGGGACUUGUCCCGAAGCCACUCCUGCAUUGUCUUGGCUGUGUGCUUAGGGUCGUUGUCCUGUUGGAAGGUGAACCUUCGCCCCAGUCUGGAGCAGGUUUUCAUCAAGGAUCUCUCUGUACUUUGCUUCGUUCAUCUUUCCCUUGAUCCUGACUAGGCUCCCAGUCCCUGCCACUGAAAGAAAUCCACACAGCAUGAUGCUGCCACCACCAUGCUUCACCGUAGAGAUGGUGCCAGGUUUCCUCCAGAUGUGACGCUUGGCAUUCAGGCCAAAGAGUUCAAUCAUGGGUUCAUCAGACCAGAGAAUCUUGUUUCAUCAAGGUCGGAGUGUCCUUUAGGUGCCUUUUGGCAAACUCUAUAUGGGCUGUUGUGCCUUUUACUGAGGAGUGGCUUCCGUCUGGCCACUCUACCAUAAAGGCCUGAUUGGUGGAGUGCUGCAGAGAUGGUUGUCCUUCUGGAAGGUUCUCUGAUCUCCACAGAGGAACUCUGGAGCUCUGUCAGAGUGACCAUCGGGUUCUUGGUCACCUCCCUGAACAAGGCCCUUCUCCCCCGAUUGCUCAGUUUGGCCGGGCAGCCAGCUCUAGGAAGAGUCUUGGUGGUUCCAAACUUCUUCCAUUUAAGAAUGAUGGAGGCCACUGUGUUCUUGGGGACCUUCAAUGCUGCACAAAUGUUUUGGUACCCUUCCCCAUAUCUGUGCCUCGACACAAUCCUGUCUUGGAGCGCUACGGACCAUUACUUCGACCUCAUGGCUUGGUGUUUGCUCUGACAUGCACUGUCAACUGUGGGACCUUAUAUAGACAGUUGUGUGCCUUUCCAAAUCAAUUGAAUUUACCACAGGUGGACUCCAAUCAAGGUGUAGAAACAUCUCAAGGAUGAUCAAUGGAAACAGGAUGCACCUGAGUGCAAUUUCGAGUCUCAUAGCAAAGGGUCUAAAUACUUACACUAAAGUUUGGACACACCUACUCAUUCAAGGAUUUCUAUUUAUUUGUAAAAAAUAUUUACUUGUAGAAUAAUAGUGAAGACAUCAAAACUAUGAAAUAACACAUUACUACCCGAAAAGUGGUAAACAAAUCAAAAUAUAUUUAUAUUUGAGAUUCUUCAAAUAGCCACCGUUUGCCUUGAUGACAGCUUUGCACACUCUCAACCAGCUUCACCUGGAAUGCUUUUCCAAGUCUCGAAGGAGUUCCCACAUAUGCUGAGCACUUGUUGGCUGCUUUUCCUUCACUCUGCAGUCCGACUCAUCCCAAACCAUCUCAAUUGGGUUGAGGUCGGGGGAUUGUGGAGGCCAGGUCAUCUGAUGCAGCACUCCAUCACUCUCCUUCUUGGUAAAAUAGCCCUUACACAGCCUGGAGGUGUGUUGGGUCAUUGUCCUGUUGAAAAACAAAUGAUAGUCCCACUAAGCCCAAACCAGAUGGGAUGGCAUAUCGCUGCAGAAUGCUGUGGUAGCCAUGCUGGUUAAGUGCGCCUUGAAUUCUAAAUAAAUCAUAGACAGUGUCAACAGCAAAACACCCCCACACUAUAACACCACCUCUUCCAUGCUUUACGGUGGGAAAUACACAUGCAGAGAUUAUCCGUUCAUCCACAUCACGCGGCAGUUCGAACCAAAAAUCUCAAAUUUGGACUCCAGACCAAAGGACACAUUUCCACCGGGCUAAUGUCCGUUGUUCGUGUUUCUUGGCCCAAGCAAGUCUCUUCUUAUUAUUAUUAUUAUUAUUGGUGUCCUUUAGUAGUGGUUUCUUUGCAGCAAUUUGACCAUGAAGGCCUGAUUCACACAGUCUCCUCUGAACAGAUGAUGUUGAGAUGUGUCUGUGACUCGAAUUCUGUGAAGCAUUUAUUUGGGCUGUAAUUUCUGAGGCUGGUAACUCUAAUGAACUUAUCCUCUGCAGCAGAGGUAACUCUGGGUCUUCCAUUCCUGUGGCGGUCAUCAUGAGAGCCAGUUUCAUCAUAGGGCUUGAUGGUUUUUGCAACUGCACUCAAAUAAACUUUCAAAGUUCUUUUUUGUGGUUACUACAUGAUUCCAUAUGUUAUUUCAUAGUUCUGAUGUCUUCACUAUUAUUCUACAAUGUAGUAAAUAGUAAAAAUAAAGAAAAACACUUGAAUGAGUAGGUGUUCUAAAACUUUUGACCGGUAGUGUAUGUAAAUAAGGUAUUUGUUUUUUUAUUUGUAAUAAAAUAGCAAACAUUUCGAAACCUUUUUUUGCUUCGUCAUUAUGGGGUAUUGUGUAUAGAUUGAUGAAGAAAAUGUUUUAUUUAAUCUAUUUUAGAAUAAGGCUAUAACGUAACAAAAUGUGGUCCGAACCGGCCUCCUGUAGCUCAGAUGGUAGAGCAUGGCGCUUGCAACGCCAGGGUUGUGGGUUUGAUUCCCACGGGGGGCCAGUAUGAAAAAUGUAUGCACUCACUAACUGUAAGUCGCUUUGGAUAAGAGCGUCUGCUAAAUGACUAAAAUGUAAAUGUAAUACUUUUCGAAUGCGCUGUACCAUAAUUAUAUGGCCAUGUAUUCUAAUUAGCGAAAUACAGCGAGGGGGAAAAAUAUUUACCCCGCUGAUUUUGUAGUUGAUGACAAAAUAUUUGAUCCUAUGAUUUGUAAGUUCCGAAAUAAGGGGCCAGUAUUUUUUUGCACAUUUACCUGAAGGGUGGAUCCACGUCUCCUUAAACAAAUUUUAAUGUUCUUUCAAAUUCUGUAAAACUUUUUAUUUGGCCUGGGUAAAAUCUUAAUUACCCCGAAAAAAACCCGGGGCCCCAGGGGGAUGAAGAUUUCCCUGGUUGUGUUUUUGAAACUGACCAAAAAAUUAAAUUUUUUUUUUGGGUUUUUAACAACCAAAAAGGAUUCUUCAAUUUUUAAAAUUUUUUGUAAUUUAGAAAAAUAAAAAAAAAAAAAACAUAAAAUAGUAGGUGCAAAACCCGUGUUUGGUAAAAGAUUUUUUUUUUUUUAUUUGAAUUUUUGAAAAACUUUUUUCAAAAUUUUUUUUUUUUGUCAAUUUUGUUUGGUUGGUAAAAAGGGAAACGGGAAAAGGAAAGGAAAAAAAAUGGGCCCAACCCCGGUUUCCGGCUGAUUUUUGGCACUUUCAACCCGGGGUUUUUUUUUGAUUAAGGGGGAGAUUUGGAGCAUCCAACUUAAGUGUUUUCUUUCCCAAAAACUUUUUGUUGUUCUUUGUUUUGGGGUCCUUUUAGGGCUGAAAUUAAAAAUUUACAAAACCCAAAAAAAAAAAAUUUUUUAUCCCCGGGUUUUUGAGGGAAAAGGAUUUUUAAAAAAAACCCAAAAUUUUAAAAAAAAACGCGUAAAAAAUGUUUUGUUUUUGCUUUUUGAAAAAGUUUGCCCUUGCAAAAAACAACAAUUUUUCAAAAAAUUUUUCCAAUGAGGUGGGGGUUUCUUGUAUGGCCCCAUUUCCCCUCCAAGGGUUUUUGAUUUUUCCCAAUUUCCAAAAUUUUGGUCACUGACUUUAAACUAAAAACCCAGCUCCCCACAGUUUUUUCUUUUGGGAAAUCAGAGGGCCCCCCCUGGGAUUUAUGUCCUUUUUUUCUUGACCCCAGGCCUUGGGCCAUGGUUUUGGGUCUUCAUGUGGAAAACCAAAUUUUCUUGGGGGAUAGGGGGGGGCUCCCCUUGAGGUCUUCCCCCCGUCCUCCCUUUUAGGGGGUAAAAUUUUCCUUUCCCUUAAAGAAAAAAAAAAAAAACCCAAAACAUAAUUUUUUUCCAUGGAGGGGGGUUUGGGGUUUUCUUGGGGGUCUCCCUUUCUUCCCACCAUUUUUGGGGUAUCCAAAAGUUUUUUGGCUUCUGAAACCCUUUUACCCGUUUCCCUACAUCGGUUCUUCCCCUUGGAGGGGCCUUUUUGGGUUUUUGGCGGGGGAUUUGGAACUAGGAUUAUUUUUUCCCGGCAGGGGUUUUCUUUUUUUUCAGGUCCCGGGGCCCUUGGAAUUAAAGAUCCCCCUUAUUUUUGGGGUGUCCUACUUCUCAUAUAUAAACCACGGGGGAGAAUUUUUCGGGGGGGGGGAAGGGGGGAAUACUUAAUUUUUGUAUUUUUUUUGCAAUAAUGAAAUUUUUUUAAAAAGCAUUUUUUUUGGACCCCCUUUUUGUGGUUAAAAUUCUGUCCCUCACGGGGAAAUCCUCCAUUAAUUGGGGAAUCUUUCUUGUCAGGGGGGAAAGGAAAAACUAGAAGGACAACCUUUUUUUCCUAUUAGUAUUACCUUUAUAAAAACACCACCAGAAUUUUUUUUAGAGAGGGGGAAAAUCAUCCCUUUAAAAAUAAAAUAAUUUUAAAAUUUUUUGCCUUUUUUUCUGGUUUUUUUUUACGCUUCACUUUUCUCCCUAAAAAAUUUUAAAUUUUUUUUGUAGGGUGGGGUCCGGGGGGAUCAAAAACUUUUUUCCCCCCCUUUAAAAGCUUAAUAAAAAACCAAAUCCCAGAAACCCAAGGGGGGAAGAUGAACAAUUAAAAUUAGGUCCCAUUUUAGAGCGUUUUAUCCAAAGGUUUUCGUCAUCCCCCAAUUUUUUUGGUGGGUUUGGGUCCCACAACCCACUACCUUUGGCUCAAGCGGCCCCCGGAUAAGAUCUCAAUUUAAAAGGGGGGUAAAUGAUGAAAAUUUGGUCUAAAAAAAGGGUUUUAACGGUCCGGUCCUCAAGUAGCCUAGUUUUAGAACGGCCCGCGAUAUGCUUCAUGAAUGUAAAAUGCGUCCCUACAAUGCACAAUAAAAAUAUGUAUUUUUAUUUUGAACGGUAAGGGCUAGAACCAAACCAUUUUCUCUGAGGAAAAGGGGGAGACUUGGCUACGCUGGCUACAGAACCUGGCUAUGAAAUGCAGUGGUGAGCGAGACUACAAAUUAAAAGACUGCCUACUUUUCUAUACUCAAGGGAUGAAAAAACAUAGCUAGAAUGUCAUUUUACUAUUAAACUCAAUGCUGCUAUUGUUUAAAUGUUGUACGGCAGCUUGUGUUUCUUAACCAGGCAAAGGCUAGCUGACUAGAAGGCUGGUGGUGACUGGUUAGCUACUUGGAAGCAAGAGAGUUGCCUGCGCGAUGUGUGUAAUUCCGAGCCGGAGUCUGCCCACACUCAUCGCUUGCUCCCCCGCAGCUCACCAGCUGAUGUAGGCUGUGUGUGCCGGGUGUGGCGCGUCCUUCCCAUUGCUGAACAGAACUGCGCAUCUGUGCUGCUAAAAUGUAUUGUGCUCAUCACUGAAAAGCUCUCAAUCUCUCCAAAAACUCUUGUCUAGUCCGAUUUUAGUCACAGAGAUCAUUUUGUCUCGUUUUUAGUCAACUCAAAUAAAAAAUCAUUUUUGUUUAGUUAUUUUUUUCUGGGUCUAUUUAGUUAGUUAUAGUCUCACCAAUUGCCACUGUAAAAUAGGUGUUUGACGAAUAUUGUAGUCACUAUUUUUGUUGACGAAGUUAACACAGCCUAGUACCUACCUGUUAUACCCCAAAAAACACAGUGAGUGAGCUCAAUCAAAUGCUCCCACUAUAAAUGGGUACUCUGAGAUUUCACCUUGUACUUCCUGUCUGUAAUAUGAGUCUGUCCUCCUGUUGGUGUGUAGGAGGCUGUGAUGGCACCAUAAAGCUGUGGGACGUGGUGAAGCAGUACUGUACACACAACCUGAAGGGAUCCUCUGGGGUCGUACAGUAAGUUACUGACCACCUCUUUACUCUGAUCUGAACUGCUGAUCUAGGAUCAGUUUAGCCUUUCAGAUCAUGAUUAAGAUCAGCACUCCUACUCUGAGACACUUUAUGAAUAAAACCCUUGUAGAUGUAGCUGCCUUCGAUAAGUUGAUACAUUGACAACAAGACAUGACUUGAAUCUAGUUGCCAGUUUGACGUGUGGAAAUGAAUAUUUUAUAUUGUGAUUCAGCAUGUUUGCGGGGAUCAGUUUAAGCAAGGCAAGCCGCAGAAUUGUUAAUCUUAAUUACAUAAUGAGUAGUUAUUAUGGAUGCAAUGUGGUUUGUAGAUCAGUGAUUAAGCGCACUGACUGCAAUGAUCUCAAACACUCCCAUUGUCGUCUUCCUCCUGCCCUGCAGCCUGGUGGAGUUCCACCCAGACAUAAGUCUACUGCAGCUCUUCUCCUCGGCGUCAGACUGUGGCAUCAGGUUGUGGGACCUGCGCUCCAGCCAGUGUGUGUGCGUGCUGCAGAGCCACUACAGCCCUGUCACCUCCCUGGCCUUCACCCCCGAUGGAGUCUCCAUGGUCAGGUACUGUAACAAUCAAUCAAUCUUUUUGCAUCAACAGUUGUCACAAAGAGCUUUACAGUAGAGUAGACCUAUAUCUAAACCUCCUGUACUGUAGGACAGCUGAGCUGACUGGCCUCCACCUACCAGUCUCUGGCUAGGUUUCCAUUCACUUGUCCAGUGAUUAUUUUGUUGUUGCUGACAUUUAGAAAGUUUGCAUAGAAAAUAGAUGCGACAUUUGCCUGCUAGGGUGCGUUUCCAAUGAACUAUCUUGUGUCGAUUAAAUACAACUGGACGUAAUGACGUCAAACCAAAAAAGUACCAUCAGAAUUAUUCGGCAAUCAUUUAUUUGAAAAACACAGUUUCCAUCAUCAUUUGUUGCAAUAAAGAAAAAUCCAUCCCUGUCAAACUGAUAUUUUUUUGUCAAUCUUAAGAAAAUGUCUCUUAUAUCUGCCGUUUCCAUUAUACAUGUCGCAAUAAAAAAUAUAUAUUUGACAUUGCUUUUGUUGAAUAAACCUGGGUCGAUGGAAACCUGCCUUCUGACACCUAUCAUACCCUUGCCUGGUCUCAGAUCUGUUUGUGUUGUGUUGCCCCAACUCCUAUGGACCUCUGUGCAGAUGAUGUAUAUUGUUUUAAUUUCUGAAAAAUUGUGCUGAAAGAAACCGCUGAUGCCAGUUGGCAAAACGGCACUUACAGAUCUGGUACCAGGCUAUACCUAUCAUAGCCAAAACAACACGGUGAGCGACCUCAAAGACUCAACAAAUCAUAUUUUAUGCUAUUGGUGCAGUGUUGUCCAAGCUGUUCAAUCUUGCCGGUCAAAUUUAGCCAAUUUGAUCACAAAUGUAACACAUCAAAGACCUAUUAUAAAAUAAAAUGCAUUGUGAAAAGUCAUGUAAAAUUGCUUAUAAUCCCAUUAAUUCUCCCAACUGUUAUAUUUAUUUAUUUUGCGGCUCACCUGCAGUACCCCCGUGGACCACAGGUUGAAAACCAUAGCUUUAGACCCCAUCAUACCUGAUCAAUUCAUUGCGAGCUAGCUGAAUGUUUGAUGAUUAUUUGAUUGCAGCUCUGGCAGGGACAAGAUCUGCACAGUGUGGGAUCUGAAGAGCAGGACCGCCAAGAGGACAGUGCCCGUCUAUGAGGUAAACUCUCAUACUCUACUUUCUUCCAGAGUUGUUUUAGACUGGCUUUUGUAACUAAAAGUUGAUUGGUGUAUCAUCAGCCUAAUUGCAUGAAAUGUGUUGCUUCCCUCGCCAGGCUGUGGAGAGUGUUGUGCUGCUCCCUGAGGAGGAAGAUUUCUCUGAGAUCGGGGUGAAAACUAAAGAGAUACACUUCAUCACGGCAGGCAGCAAAGGUAUGUGCUUACAGUCCCGCUCCUGGGUGAAGUUCCCACUAGGUACAGAUCUAGGAUCAUCUUCCCCAAUCCUAACUUAACCAUUAGUGGGGGAAAAUGCAAAGCCGACUCAAGAUCAGUGUCUAAGGGCCACUUCUCCUUACUCCAACAAUUCCCAGGCUACAUGGUGGAUGAAUGUGGAGGAGUCUGCCCACUGCCCACCAAUAUAGCUAGAUAAUACUGGAUGAGACUAGUGUAUAGUUUUAGCCGCCAAUCAGAGAUGAUCAUCAUUUUAUAGUUCAGUAUCAAAUUGUAUUGGUCACAUACACAUGUUGUAGUAGGCCAACAGUUUAAUCCUACUGGACUAUCUUGAAUAUCAUCUUCUACUCCAUACUAUUGAACCUUAGCCUGGUCUCAGAUCUGUUUGUGCUGUCUUAGCAAGUCCUAUGUGCAGAUGAUGUAUAUUAUUAUAUAUUGUUUUAAUUUCUGAAUAAUAAUGAUGAAGGAAACCACUGAUGCCAGUUGGCAAGACUGCACAAACCGAUCUGGUACCAGGCUAUACCUAGUACUUACCUAUUAUACCCAAAACAACACAGGGAGCAAGCCCAAUCAAAGACCUCCACUUAAGGGAGUAACUUGAAACACUCUGAUUCUCUCUCUCCAGGUGUGCUGAGGGUGUGGGAUGCCAGCUCGGCCCGCUGUGUGUUCGCCCAGACGCUCCCCUCCGCCUCCUCCUCGGAGGGCUCAGAGGAAGUGGGAGAGGAGUACGGAGACCCCCGGAGCCUCACCUACUGCCUCCCGCUGCCCUCCUCCCUCAGGCUGGCCACGGUCACAGCAGAACAUAACAUCCUGCUCUACCAGCUGCCCUCCUUCACCACACAGCAACAGGUGGGUAACUGAUAACAAGGUCUCUACCAGCUGCUCUCCACCACCACACAACAACGGGAGGAGGAGGAGGGGGGGUAGAAAGGGACACUAGGAUUGUUUUUAUUAUUCAGAAUCCUUUAGUUCAGAUGGUAGGUCUUCUGUUUGUCUGAAUGGUUUCACCCAUGCUAAUGGUUUAUUUUGAUCAAGAGGCUUGCUUUUAUGUUGCUGGUGUUCGUUCUCUCUCUCCACCCCCAGUUUGUUGGCUACAAUGAUGAGGUUCUGGAUGUGAAGUUUCUGGGCAAGGGGGACACUCACAUUGUCGUGGCGACCAACAGCUCCCAGCUCAAGGUGUUUGAGCUGGCCACCAGCAGCUGUCAGAUCCUCUACGGACACACAGGUGAGUCCUCUGACCAACAGGGAGCAGCACCUCUCUGCUUGUCUAUAUGGGGUGGUCACUAGGUAGGGAGAUUGAAACUCAGAAUAAGAGAGUUCUCACAAUAAGUAUCUGAAUCUUUUCUUUUGAAUAUGGCAGCUCCCUUCAGCCCAGUUCUAACAUUAGUGCCAACAACAACAUAUAGUUAAUAUUUCACCCAAAUUAUCUCCUACAUCACUGAAUAGGAGUGAUAAGAUCUGUGCAGUUUCUGGUCAGUUAUGAAGAUUGACCAGCAGGAGGCAGAGUUGCUGUGUGAAACACUGAAUCUCCAAACUGCACCCUCCAAUGCAUCUGUAGAAUAUCUCCACCCUGAAAGGAUGUAACAUAUACAGUAUGGAAGCCAUGGAAGCCUUUUUAAACCAUGGCGAUUGGAGGGAUUAUAGUUCAAUUAUAGCUGUGUAGGCACUUAAAAGAAGCCUGAUGAACUGUAAACUGAGCAAUCAAUCAGACAGAGUUACUGUCAUUCAGGAUUAGAGACAAUGAUAGCUUGGUAACUGGUUGGUCAGGUUUGACGGUUUGACUGACAUUGAGUGUUGCUCUUUUCUCACCUGGCUCGAACUUUCAAAAGGGUUGACCUUUUGAAUUCUACUGAUCUUUCCUUUCUCCUCCACAGAUACCGUCCUGUCACUCGACGUGUUCAAGAAAGGUUCCCUGUUUGUGAGCUGUGCGAAGGUGAGGCUACAGACUGACUGUUUCCUUGUUUCAUCAGGAGUGUUCACCAUUUACGAAUGGAAACCUCUCCUCAACCUUUUGUUAACAUUAGUUAACCACAGAGUAGGAUGGAUGGAAACCUUUCCUCAACAUUAGUUAACCACAGGGUAGGAUGGAUGGAAACCUUUCCUCAACAUUAGUUAACCACAGAGUAGGAUGGAUGGAAACCUUUCCUCAACAUUAGUUAACCACAGAGUAGGAUGGAUGGAAACCUUUCCUCAACAUUAGUUAACCACAGGGUAGGAUGGAUGGAAACCUUUCCUCAACAUUAGUUAACCACAGAGUAGGAUGGAUGGAAACCUUUCCUCAACAUUAGUUUAACCACAGGUAGAUGGAUGGUGGAAACCUUCCCUCAACAUUGUUUAACCACAGGGUAGGAUGGAUGGAAACCUUUCCUCAACAUUAGUUAACCACAAGUAGGAUGGAUGGAACCUUUCCUCAACAUUAGUUAACCACAGAGUAGGAUGGAUGGAAAACCUUUCCUCAAACCAUUAGUUUAACCACAGAGUAGGCAUGGAUGGAACCGUUCCUCAAAAUUUAGUUUAACCACAGAGGUAGGAUGGAUGGAAAACCUUUCCCUCAACAUUGAGUGUAACCACAGAGUAUGGGGAUGGGAUGGAAAACCUUUCCUCAACAACAUUAGUUAACCACAUGAGUAGGAUUGGAUGGAAACCUUUUCCUCACCAUGAGUUUAACCAACAGAGUAGGAGAUGGAAACCUUUCCUCACCAUUAGUUAACCAAGAGUAGGAUGAUGGAAACCUUCCUCAACUGAGUUAACCACAGGGUAGGAUGGAUGGAAACCCUUUCCUAACAUUAGUUAACCACAGGGUAGGAUGGAUGGAAACCUUUCCUCAACAUUAGUUAACCACAGAGUAGGAUGGAUGGAAACCUUUCCUCAACAUUAGUUAACCACAGGGUAGGAUGGAUGGAAACCUUUCCUCAACAUUAGUUAACCACAGAGUAGGAUGGAUGGAAACCUUUCCUCAACAUUAGUUAACCACAGAGUAGGAUGGAUGGAAACCUUUCCUCAACAUUAGUUAACCACAGGGUAGGAUGGAUGGAAACCUUUCCUCAACAUUAGUUAACCACAGAGUAGGAUGGAUGGAAACCUUUCCUCAACAUUAGUUAACCACAGGGUAGGAUGAAAUCCACACGUACACAAACACAUGCACGCACAUGCAUACACACACACACACACACACACUCCCUACUAACCAGUAUCAUCUAAUCAUUACUAUUGAACCCUAGCCUGGUCCCAGAUCUGUUUGUGCUGUUUUGCCAACUCCUAUGGUCAUCGUUAUGCCAAACGUGACAAUGACCUCUGUGCAGAUGAUGUAUGAUGUUUUAAUUUCUGUAUAAUAGUGAUGGAAGCAAACCACUGAUGCCAGUUGGCAAGACAGCACACACACACAUCUAAUACACACACUCCCUCCCUCUAACCAGGGUCCCCUCUCUCUCUCUGUACAGGAUAAGUCAGUGUCCUCUCGCUCUCUGUACAGGAUAAGUCAGUGUCCUCUCUCUCUCUGUACAGGAUAAGUCAGUGUCCUCUCGCUCGCUCGCUCUCUUUCUUUAUUUCGUUCUUUCUUUCUUUCCCCCCCAGGAUAAGUCAGUGCGUGUGUGGAGACAGGAUCCAGACAGUGGUCAGGUGUGUUGUGUGGCCCAGGGCUCCAGCCAUGCUAACGCUGUGGGCUCCAUCACCUGCUCCAGGUAAACCACUACACACCAGGGUCUCCUCAGUUCUGGCCCUGGAGGCCCACUGUGGAUGCAAAUUUCUCCAGUAUUGGGAAUGCCAAUAUCCAAUGAAGGUUGUGUUAAUCAUCCAUACUCUCUUGCUUGUGCACUUUCUAAUCCUUCCCUCUUAUCCUACGUCUGUCUCUCUCUCUUUCUCUCUCUCUCUAUGUGUCUCUGUCUCUCUGUCUCUGUCUCUCUCUCUCUUUCAGGAUGAAGGAGUCGUUUGUGGUGUCUGGUAGUCAGGACUGCACCAUCAAGGUGUGGGAUCUCCCAGAUACCAUCCUGGAAACAGACAGUGAUGUGUUCCUGCUGACCGCCCAGGUCACAGAGAAGGCACACGACAAAGUAUGACACGUUUCCACAAGUACAUAUAUUUAUACCCUCUACUGUGUGGAGUCAACUCCUUGCACAUCUAGAUAGCCAAUACAUCUCUAUUGCUAGGCAGGAACUUAAGUGAUGUGUGUAAUAAAACUGUUCCUUCUCCUGACCUCGGCCCACAUUCCUCACUAAUCCACAGCUAUCCACCCUUAUCAGUGACCACAACCAAGUGAUUGACUUUUCCCUUACUUAUUAACUCUCCAAGCCCCUGGCUCUUAUCCAACCUCCAUUGACCCCACCAUAUACAUUCCUCAUACAUGUACCCAUUAACUUCUAGUAUAGCAAGUAUUUCAGACUAGAACCCAACAAUACAUUCAAGCAUCAUACAUACAGUUGAAGUCGGAAGUUUACAUACACUUAGGUUGGAGUCAUUAAAACUUGUUUUUCAACCACUCCACUAAUUUCUUGUUAACAAACUAUAGUUUUGGCAAGUCGGUUAGGACAUCUACUUUGUGCAUGACCCAAGUAAUUGUUCCAACAAUUGUUUACAGACAUAUUAUUUCACUUAUAAUUCACUGUAUCACAAUUCCAGUGGGUCAGAAGUUUACAUACACUAAGUUGACUGUGCCUUUAAACAGCUUGGAAAAUUCCAGAAAAUGAUGUCAUGGCUUUAGAAGCUUCUGAUGGGCUAAUUUACAUAAUUUGAGUCAAUUGGAGGUGUACCUGUGGAUGUAUUUCAAGGCCUACCUUCAAACUCAGUGCCUCUUUGCUUGACAUCAUGGGAAAAUCAAAAGAAAUCAGCCAGUCUGGUUCAUCCUUGGGAGCAAUUUCCAAACGCCUGAAGGUACCACGUUCAUCUGUACAAACAAUAGUACGCAAGUAUAAACACCAUGGGACCACGCAGCCGUCAUACCGCUCAGGAAGGAGACGCGUUCUGUCUCCUAGAGAUGAACGUACUUUGGUGCGAAAAGUGCAAAUCAAUCACAGAACAACAGCAAAGGACCUUGUGAAGAUGCUGGAGGAAACAGGUACAAAAGUAUCUACAGUAAAACAAGUCCUAUAUCGACAUAACCUGAAAGGCCGCUCAGCAAGGAAGAAGCCACUGCUCCAAAACCGCCAUUUAAAAAAGCCAGACUAUGGUUUGCAGCUGCACAUGGGGACAAAGAUCGUACUUUUUGGAGAAAUGUCCUCUGGUCUGAUGAAACAAAAAUAUAACUGUUUGGCCAUAAUGAAAAAGGGGGCGCUUGCAAGCCGAGGGAACACAAUCCCAACCGUGAGCAACGGGGGUGGCAGCAUCAUGCUGUGGGGGUGCUUUGCUGCAGGAGGGACUGGUGCACUUCACAAAAUACAUUGCAUCAUGAGGAAGGAAAAUUAGGUGGAUAUAUUGAAGCAACAUCUCAAGACAUCAGUCAGGAAGUUAAAGCUUGGUCGCAAAUGGGUCUUCCAAAUGGACAAUGACCCCAAGCAUACUUCCAAAGUUGUGGCAAAAUGGCUUAAGGACAACAAAGUAAAGGUAUUGGAGUGGCCAUCACAAAGCCCUGACCUCAAUCCUAUAGAAAAUAUUUGGGCGGAACUGAAAAAGCAUAUGCGAGCAAGGAGGCCUACAAACCUGACUCUGUCAGGAGGAAUGGGCCAAAAUUCACCCAACUUAUUGUGGGAAGCUUGUGGAAGGCUACCCGAAACGUUUGACCCAAGUUAAACAAUUUAAAGGCAAUGCUACCAAAUACUAAUUGAGUGUAUCUAAACUUCUGAACCACUGGGAAUGUGAUGAAAGAAAUAAAAGCUGAAAUAAAUAAUUCUCUCUACUAUUAUUCUGACAUUUCACAUUCUUAAAACAAAGUGAUGAUCCUAACUGACCUAAAACAGGGCAUUUUUACUAGGAUUAAAUGUCAGGAAUUGUGAAAAACUGAGUUGAAAUGUAUUUGGUUAAGAUGUAAACUUCCGACUUCAACUGUACAUACAUACAUUCAAGCAUGUACACAAGGACGUAUAACUGCACAGACACACACCCACACCCACUCACACAAAAGCACAAACACAAGGACACACUUACACACAAGCAUGUACACUGCAGAGACACACUAACACAUGCCUAGAAGCACGUUCACAGGUGCACCACACUGGUAGUCAGACAGACAGACAGACAGAUAGACCGACCGACCGAUACGCUGUAGUGAUUGUCUGGUGACUCGGGUGCUUGAUUUGCUCACUGUGAUUGGAAAAUGUAUGUCUUUCCUCAUAAGGAAGUAAAAGUCCCAGCUGAUAAUUUCCUAUUGUGAGCUCCUUUGUCUGCAUUAACUAUUGUUAUCAUACAAAUGCACACAGUACACAGAUGGUAUGAGGUUUCUAUGCACAACGUAGGUGCCUGUUCUGUGAAAUGUAUACUUGAGAGGGAAGGAAGGACUAUGUGUUUGUGUUUGGUAGGUAUUUUGGCCAAAUUUCUGAAUUAAAUCUCCCUUGUUCAUCCCUGUCUCUCACCCUCAUAUUCCCCAUCCACUCCUCCUGUCCACCCUCUUCCUCUCCAACCCCUCUCUACUUCUCUUUUACCCUCGCACCCCCUAUUUUCUCUUUGUCGACUUCUCAUCUCUCACUUUCUAAUUUCCCCUUUGUGUUCACCCCUGCGCUUUGUCACACUGACCCCAUACCCUGACCUUUCAUCUCUCUCUCAUUCUGUCCCUCUCCCUGUCUCUCCCCGUCUCUCCCCCUCCCUCCCCAGGAUGUGAACAGCGUGGCAGUGUCCCCCAACGACAAGCUCUUGGCGUCUGGUUCCCAGGACCGCCUAGCCAAGCUGUGGUCCCUGGGGGCCCCCGGGGCCGACCUGGCCCUGCUGGGGGUGUUCCGGGGCCACCGCCGGGGGGUCUGGUGCGUCCAGUUCUCCCCCAUGGACCAGGUGCUGGCAUCCUCCUCAGCCGACGGCUCCGUCAAGCUCUGGAGCCUCCAGGACUUCAGCUGCCUUAAGGUGGGUGAGGGGAGGUUGAGGGGGGUGGGGGUAGGUGUGUGCGUGUAUGAUUGCUAAUUUGCGUGUGUGUUUAUGUGAUUAUAUGUGUUUGUAAUUCUUAUGUUUGUAAGAAUUUACAUUUGCAAGAAUUUACAUGUUUUACGUUGCUCAUCAAUUGCUAAUUUCCCACGUACAGUAGGUAUGAGAUAAUCAACCCCAUUUUAGUUCCUCUAUUACCUUGGCUCUCCCAAACACUCGUCAAACCAAUUAAAACCAAAUGUACCAUGUAUUGAAUGGUAGUUGUGAGUCAUCUUGACCAUUGUUAGGCAAUUAUGUUAUCACCACAUAAUAGCUUUAUGCACUAAUAUAAUAGCUUAUAGAGUGAGGUUGUGUUCAACUUGUGGCUCCCUCUCACGAUAUCCUUUCUGUGAGUGACGCAUUCUUUGAAUAGUCAUGCUCUCCUGUAUGGAACUGUUCUGGAAUACAGGAACAACAGAACCUGAUGAAAUGGCUUGCCUUGGUUAGUUAUGUACACCAUCUUCAAAUGUUAUCUAAAACAUCCAUUAGUCUUUUUAUUAACCUCUCACAUGAAAUCCAAGAUGGCCUUUUGCUCGCAGGUUGACAUGUAUUGUCAUGAGUCUUGCCCUGGAGGCAGAACAGAGCGAUUUCCGCUAGAUGGGCCAGCUGCAAAGGUCAAAAUUGGCUAUAUUGUAAAAAGGUUAGCGUUAAAGUUAGGUUUAAAAUCAGAUUUGAUGACUUUGUGGCUGUGCCAGCUAGUGACUACCCUGCAGAGCUGCUUCCAGUACAUGAGUCAUCCCAAUAAAUGCCAACCUGCUCAAAGCGUACGUGUGGCGUGGGCCCGUAUCCAUGGUGCUGAACUAGGAUCAGGUUUGCCUUUUAGAUUGUAAUGAAUAAGAUAUGGACAGUGAGGACCUGAUCUUAGAUCAGCACUCCUACUCACUGACGCUUUUUGAAUAUGUGCCCUGGUGUAAGCAGAUUAAGUUGUAUCUGUGCGUUCUCUGGCAGUGAAACUGGUGUGCCAUGUUGUGUCUUGUAGACGUUUGAAGGGCACGAUGCCUCUGUGCUGAAGCUCAUCUUUGUGAGCAGAGGGACUCAGCUACUCACAAGGUACGACACACUUUUGUGUACGUUACCAGUCAAAAGUUUGGACACACCUACUCAUUCAAGGGUUUUUCUUUAUUUGUAAAAAAAAACUUGCAUUGUAGAAUAAUGGUGAAAACAUCAAAACUAUGAAAUAACACAUAUGGAAUCAUGUAGUAACCAAAAAAGUGUUAAAGAAAUCCAAAUAUAUUUUAUAUUUGAGAUUCUUCAAAUAGCCAACCUUUGCCUUGAUGACACCUUUGCACAAUAGUAAAAAAAUUAGAAAAUCCUUGAAUGAGUAGGUGUCCAAACUUUUGACUGGUACUGUAAAAGUAGCCUUUUUCUAUCCUUCCGUAUUUCUUAAGGUAGCAUGCCAAUAUCACAUCCCGUGCGUUGGUUAUACUCCGUUUCUUUUCCUUAAACCACAUAUUUUUCUCUCCCUCCCUCUCAAUCUUUGAGUCCCUCUUUCUCUCGCUCUCUCUCCGCUUGCCCCUCUCUCGCUCUCGUUCCCUCUUUUUCUCUAUUUCGCUCCGCCCGUCUCUCUGUCUUCCCUCCUCUGUCUCUCUGUCUUCCCUCCUCUGUCUCUCUGUCUUCCAUCCUCUGUCUCUCUGUCUCUCUCCAGUGGGUCAGAUGGGCUGGUCAAGCUGUGGACCAUCAAGACCAACGAGUGUGUGAAGACGCUGGAUGCCCACCAGGACAAGGUGUGGGGUCUCCAUGCCACCAGGAAGGAUGACCGCGUGGUCACUGCCUCGGCCGACUCCAACAUCACUGUGUGGACGGUCAGUACUGGCCCUAACCAACCAACGCUCACUGAUUGGUUGUUUGGCUAAUUGACUGAUUUCGGAUAAUUAGAAAUGCAUAUAAAGCUGGUCCAGUUGGAAACCACGUUAUGACCUGGUUAAUAUAGUACAAAUACUGUAAGUUAAUUAAUCCACCAACCAAUCAAUCAAAUCUAUUUCAAAAGCCCUUUUUCAUCAGCAGUUGUCACAAAGUGCUUCAAAGUCUUGACAUCUCUUACCAACAUAGGGGAAGAUACAUGAGGGACAAGGCCUUAGAAAGAGACGUAUCUACCUGGGGUAGAUCCAUGAGGGACAACCUUGGGCAGGAGAGUAAUGUACUAUUCAGAAGGCUUGGUCUCAGUGACAUUAACCAGAAUUAACCCAGUACAUAGCCCUGGGUAACUCCACCUGUACUGACACCAUAGAAAUAUAAUUACUAGAAAUACUAUUAGUCAGACUCCUACCUGUAAAUUAGUAGAUAACCAGCUGUAAUCGCCCCUACAAAAACUUGAGAUAGGAACAUUGCCAGCUCCCUUACCGGUGUCCAACAGGGUUCGCACAAGGUGCUUAAAGUACUUGAAUUUGGCACUCUGAAAUUCAAGUACUGGAAUACUUUGAAAAUCAGACAUUUUCUGAAGUUGGUAACUCAAAAGUACUUGAAUUAAAAUGAUCAAAUAUGUUAAUAUGAAAAAUAUUAGAAAAAUGUAUUGGUCUUGCUAAUGAAUUUCCAGGCAGACUACCGAGUUUUAUUUCCUCACGUGUUUCGUGCUCUGGUUGCCAGACGAGCUCGCUCAUUCCACCCACACUGCCACUUAGCCAGGCAGGUAAAGAACUGACUGAUUAGGCGCCGCCAAAUGUCACAUCAAUAGUUAAAAUGCCGGGCAAAUGUAGGUUAAAUCCCGCCUGAAUCCCGCCUGGCAGGAUAUUGAUGUUUAUGAAUGGGUUUUGCCAGACCCAACCAGGGAUGUAGUGGAGGGUAAACGCCCUUUACGCACCUUUUUAUUUGUGAAAUAGCAUUUACUCACCUUUUUUAUUUAGUUAAUUAUCAUGCGAACGAGUGGAAUCAUGAAUGAUUCAUGUAUGCUCGUUAUGUUCACCUGCUCCGCCGGAUUUGCAUUUUUAGCAGUGUAUUCAUUCACCACUCUGUCCAACGGGAAUCUCCGCCCACGACAUAGGCCGAGAGGUGAAACGAACAAUCUCAGCCCAGACCUACAGUGGCAAGUAGCAGAGAGACUCCGCUGACAGUGGGAAUUAUUUUAACAUCCCUCGACUCCUGCUGUGUCUCUCGGAGAAUGAGUGUACAACUGGUAAAUAGUCGCUGAUAUUUCAGUCAGAUGUCUAGCUAGCUAGGUAGCUCAAGGGCUCUGGCUAUUAGCCAGGUAGGUAGCUAACUAGCUGGCUAGAAAGAUGAAGUAAGAAGUUAACGUUGAACGGAGCCUGACCUCAGCAUGAGCAGUUGACUGAAAUUAAGCUAGCUAUAAUCAAAAGAUGGGCUACUAUAAGUUCUCAUAACAAAAUACAUGUUCUUUAUAGAGAGUAGUAAGACAGACAGUGGUGAGUCAGGCUGCAAUGAAGGAGGCAAAGGAGAUACACAGAGUGAGGAAGCAUUGAAGCAAGCAGGGAAUACAGUGGUUCACAAAUUUGGGGCCGAGACCCAUGUGGCGUCCUCUAAAAUUUAAAUAGGGUCCCCUGAUAGUCUUUAAUCUUAUCAAACACAUUUAACUUUCUCUUCAAAUGGGAAUAGAAUACAGCAUUUAUCAGUCAACUAAGGGCCUUUUACACUGUCAGAUUUCACCUUCAUGUCAUUAUGUGUUGGGACAGCCUGUGGGACCUAAGAUUUAGUGAAAUUUAAAGACAAUUUAAAUAUAAAGACAAUUUAAUAUUAUGUACACUGAACAAAAAGAUAAACGCAACAUGCAAAAAUUACGAAGAUUUGAAUGAGUUAGUUCAUAUAUUGAAAUCAGUAAAUAUCAUUAGUCCUGACUUACCACUCAUGUAUGUAGUAAAUAAGUAGUGAAACACGUAUUAUUGAGUUGAACUACAAAGGGAAGCACAGCUGCGAGCUGCCCAGUGACACAAGCCUUCCAGACGAGCUAAAUUACUUCUAUGCUUGCUUCGAGGCAAGUAACACUGAAACAUGCAUGAGAGCAUCAGCUGUUCCAGACGACUGUGUGAUCACGCUCUCUGUAGCUGAUGUGAGUAAGACCUUUUAAACAGGUCAACAUUCACAAGGCCACAGGGCCAGACAGAUUACCAGGACGUUUACUCCGAGCAUGCGCUGACCAACUGGCAAGUGUCUUCACUGACAUUUUCAAACUCUCCCUGUCUGAGUCUGUAAUACCAACAUGUUUCAAGCAGGCCACCAUAGUCCCUGUGCCCAAGAACACUAAGGUAACCUGCCUAAAUGUCUACCGACCCGUAGCACACACGUCUGUAGCCAUGAAGUGCUUUGAAAGGCUGGUCAUGGCUCACAUCAACACCAUUAUCCCAGAAACCCUAGACCCACUCCAAUUUGCAUACCGCCCCAACAGAUCCACAGAUGAUGGAAUCUCUAUUGCGCUCCACACUGCCCUUUCACACCUGGACAAAAGCAACACCUACAGUGGAGGAAAAAAGUAUUUAGUCAGCCACCAAUUGUGCAAGUUCUCCCACUUAAAAAGAUGAGAGAGGCCUGUAAUUUUCAUCAUAGGGACACGUCAACUAUGACAGACAAAUUGAGGGGAAAAAAUCCAGAAUAUCACAUUGUAGGAUUUUUUAAUGAAUUAUUUGCAAAUUAUGGUGGAAAAUAAGUAUUUGGUCACCUACAAACAAGCAAGAUUUCUGGCUCUCACAGACCUGUAACUUCUUCUUUAAGAGGCUCCUCUGUCCUCCACUCAUUACCUGUAUUAAUGGCACCUGUUUGAACUUGUUAUCAGUAUAAAAGACACCUGUCCACAACCUCAAACAGUCACACUCCAAACUCCACUAUGGCCAAGACCAAAGAGCUGUCAAAGGACACCAGAAACAAAAUUAUAGACCUGCACCAGGCUGGGAAGACUGAAUCUGCAAUAGGUAAGCAGCUUGGUUUGAAGAAAUCAACUGUGGGAGCAUUUAUUAGGAAAUGGAAGACAUACAAGACCACUGAUAAUCUCCCUCGAUCUGGGGCUCCACGCAAGAUCUCACCCCGUGGGGUCAGAAUGAUCACACGAACGGGGGGACCUAGUGAAUGACCUGCAGAGAGCUGGGACCAAAGUAACAAAGCCUACCAUCAGUAACACACUACGCCGCCAGGGACUCAAAUCCUGCAGUGCCAGACGUGUCCCCCUGCUUAAGCCAAUACAUGUCCAGGCCCGUCUGAAUUUUGCUAGAGUGCAUUUGGAUGAUCCAGAAGAGGAUUGGGAGAAUGUCAUAUGGUCAGAUGAAACCAAAAUAGAACUUUUUGGUAAAAACUCAACUCGUCGUGUUUGGAGGACAAAGAAUGCUGAGUUGCAUCCAAAGAACACCAUACCUACUGUGAAGCAUGGGGGUGGAAACAUCAUGCUUUGGGGCUGUUUUUCUGCAAAGGGACCAGGACGACUGAUCCGUGUAAAGGAAAGAAUGAAUGGGGCCAUGUAUCAUGAGAUUUUGAGUGAAAAUCUCCUUCCAUCAGCAAGGGCAUUGAAGAUGAAACGUGGCUGGGUCUUUCAGCAUGACAAUGAUCCCAAACACACCGCCCGGGCAACGAAGGAGUGGCUUCGUAAGAAGCAUUUCAAGGUCCUGGAGUGGCCUAGCCAGUCUCCAGAUCUCAACCCCAUAGAAAAUCUUUGGAGGGAGUUGAAAGUCUGUGUUGCCCAGCGACAGUCCCAAAACAUCACUGCUCUAGAGGAGAUCUGCAUGGAGGAAUGGGCCAAAAUACCAGAAACAGUGUGUGAAAACCUUGUGAAGACUUACAGAAAAAGUUUGACCUGUGUCAUUGCCAACAAAGGGUAUAUAACAAAGUAUUGAGAAACUUUAGUUAUUGACCAAAUACUUAUUUUCCACCAUAAUUUGCAAAUAAAUUCAUAAAAAAAUCCUACAAUGUGAUUUUCUGGAUUUUUUUUUCUCCAUUUUGUCUGUCAUAGUUGACGUGUACCUAUGAUGAAAAUUACAGGCCUCUCAUCUUUUUAAGUGGGAGAACUUGCACAAUUGGUGGCUGACUAAAUACUUUUUUCCCCCACUGUAUGUGAGAAUGCUAUUCAUUUACUACAGCUCAGCAUUCAACACCGUAGUGCCCUCAAAGCUCAUCACUAAGCUAAGGACCCUAGGACUAAACACAUCCCUCUUAAACUAGAUCCUGGACUUCCUGACGGGCCCCUCAGGUGGUAAGGGUAGGUAACAACACAUCCGCCACGCUGAUCCUCAACACAGGGGCCCCUCAGGGGUGCGUGCUCAGUCCCCUCCUGUACUCCCUGUUCACUCAUGACUGCAUGGCCAGGCAUCGAGAGCAUCCUGACUGGUUGCACCACUGCCUGGUAUGGCAACUGCUCGGCCUCCGACCGCAAGGCACUACAGAGGGUAGUGCGUACGGCCCAGGACAUCACUGGGGCCAAGCUACCUGCCAUCCAGGACCUCUAUACCAGGCGGUGUCAGAGGAAGGCCCUCAAAAUUGUCAAAGACUCCAGCCACCCUAGUCAUAGACUGUUCUCUCUGCUACCGCACGGCAAGUGGUACCGGAGCGCCAAGUCUAGGUCCAAGAGGCUUUUAAACAGCUUCUACCCCCAAACCAUAAGACUCCUGAACAUCUAAUCAAAUGGCUACCCAGACUAUUACAAAUUGGUGGUAAUUGAAAAUAAAUAUUAGUGCUUGAAAAAGUACUAAAGUCUUUGAAUUUGACUUGCCACUGACUGUAUGAACCCUGGUCCAAAAACAAAAAACUUUGACACGGCAGCUUGCAUAAUAUUGUCUGUGUCCCAAAUGUCCCCCUAUUCCCUAUAUUAGUGCAUUACUUUUGGCUACUCAGUAACCACACUGAGUUUACAAAACAUUAGGAACACCUUCUUAAUAUUGAGUUACACCCCAUUUUGGCCUCAGAACAGCCUCAAUUCGUCGGGGCAUGGACUCUACAAGGUGUCAAAAGUGUUCCACAGAGAUGCUGGCUUAUGUUGACUCCAAUGUUUCCCACAGUUGUGUCAAGUUGGCUGGAUGUCCUUUGGGUGGUGGACCAUUCUUGAUACACAUGGGAAACUGUUGAGCGUGAAAAACCCAGCAGCGUUGCAGUUCUUAACACACACACAAACCGGUUCGCCUGGCACCUACUACCAUACCCGGUUCAAAGGCACUUAAAUAUUUUGUCUUGCCCAGUCAUCCUCUGAAUUGAACACAUACACAAUCCAUGUCUCAAGGCUUUAAAAUCCUUCUUUAACAUGUCUCCUCCCCUUCAUCUACACUGAUUUGAAGUGGAUUUAACAAGUGACAUCAAUAAGGGAUCAUAGCGUUCACCUGGAUUCACCUGUUCAGUCUAUGUCAAUAAAAGAGCUCAUACCAUUGCAUUAUUACUGCGCUAAUUCCUGUUAACCUCACAGUGAGUACCGUGUAAUUUCCAGGUAUAACUCCCCUAGUCAUUGGUGACUGGUUUCAUGAUGAUGAUUUGGAAGCGUUGCCACCCAGCUGACCUCAUGGCUACGGUUAUUCUACAGAAAUUGUACGUUAAGGAAACAUCAAAUAAAAAGCUGGUGUGGCAAUGAUUUGUGUACUGAGUCAUGUGCUGUAUGGUCGUGAUGUCCAUUGUGUUUCAGAUCUUUAUGAAAAGGAUUAAUGCAAGGUGUGAAUACUGAGUUACUUAAUGUGAAUUAGCUUAGGGAGUGUCUUGGUACUCUAAUCUGAUUCCAACUAUUGUCACACCCAUCCUAGAUAGUCUAGCGAUUCAGGUUGUGAAGUUUAAACCAGAUGCUAUACGUCUUAAAACUGGGGGUAUAUUUGUAUGCAAAUCUAGAACUGUUAACCAGACAGUUAUAAUGUUAUUGUAUAAAUAGAAUUAAUUAAAUGAUAAAUGUAUUCUGUGUGCCUUCCUCCUGUAGGACGUGACAGAGGUGGAGCAGGCAGAGGAGCAGGCUAAGCAGGAAGACCAGAUACUCAAGUGAGUUCAUCUUAGUGCAGUCCACACCAAUACAGAUAUCAACUGGGCAUUAAAACAUCCUUCACCUUCAAUACAGAUAUCAACUGGGCAUUAAAACAUCCUUCGCCUUCAGAUGGUUCAGUUGGUUGGAGCAUUGUGCUGACAAACACAAAGGUUGUGGGUUUGAUUUUUGCUUGGGACAUACAGCCUGCAUAUAUCGUUUUUAAAUGUAGGUGGUUCAGGAAAUACAUUGAAAUUCCAAUUCUUCAAUGUUUUUCAAUGAGGACAGUUUGGAAUUAGAACUGGAAUUUGGUUUACUUUCAGUGGUUAACAUCGGUUGGUCAUUUUAGGGUCAGUGGGUCAGUAUAGGGUCAGCGGUUCACUUUAGGGUCUGUGGUUAAGCUAGUUUAGGGUCGUGGUGAGGGGUUAGAAUCUUCUGAGUUGAGCCACCAUGACCCACUUUGUAGACUCGGCACUUGCAACAGCUGAUAAAUACAGUUGAAGUCGGAAGUUUACAUACACUUAGGUUGGAGUCAUUAAAACUUGUUUUUCAACCACUCCACACAUUUCUUGUUAACAAACUAUAGUUUUGGCAAGUCGGUUAGGACAUCUAAUUUUUCCAUCAAUCGUUUACAGACAGAUUAUUUCACUUAUAAUUCACUGUAUCACAAUUCCAGUGGGUUUGAAGUUUACAUACACUAAAUUGACUGUGCCUUUAAACAGCUUGGAAAAUUCCAGAAAAUUAUGUCAUGGCUUUAGAAGCUUCUGAUAGGCUAAUUGACAUCAUUUGAGUCAAUUGGAAGUGUACCUGUGGAUGUAUUUCAAGGCCUACCUUCAAACUCAGUGCCUCUUUGCUUUACAUCAUGGGAAAAUCAAAAGAAAUCAGCCAAGACCUCAGAAAAGAAAUUGUAGACCUCCACAAGUAUGGUUAAUCCUUGGGAGCAAUUUCCAAAUGCCUGAAGGUACCAAGUUCAUCUGUACAAACAAUAGUACGCAAGUAUAAACACCAUGGGACCACGCAGCCGUCAUACCGCUCAGGAAGGAGACGCGUUCUGUCUCCUAGAGAUGAACGUACUUUGGUGCGAAAAGUGCAAAUCAAUCCCAGAACAACAGCAAAGGACCUUGUGUGAAGAUGCUGGAGGAAACAGGUGCAAAAGUAUCUAUAUCCACAGUAAAAUAAGUCCUAUAUCGACAUAACCUGAAAGGCCGCUCAGCAAGGAAGAAGCCACUGCUCCAAAACCGCCAUAAAAAAGACAGACUAUGGUUUGCAACUGCACAUGGGGACAAAGAUCGUACUUUUUGGAGAAAUGUCCUCUGGUCUGAUGAAACAAAAAUAGAACUGUUUGGCCAUAAUGACCAUCGUUAUGUUUGGAGGAAAAAGGGGGACCCUUGCAAGCCAAAGAACACCAUCCCAACCGUAAAGCACGGGGGUGGCAGCAUCAUGCUGUGGGGGUGCUUUGCUGCAGGAGGGACUGGUGCACUUCACAAAAUGGAUGGCAUCAUGAGGAAGGAAAAUUAUGUGGAUAUAUUGAAGCAACAUCUCAAGACAUCAGUCAGAAAGUUAAAGCUUGGUCGCAAAUGGGUCUUCCAAAUGGACAAUGACCCCAAGCAUACUUCCAAAGUUGUGGCAAAAUGGCUUAAGGACAACAAAGUCAAGGUAUUGGAGUGGCCAUCAUAAAGCCCUGACCUCAAUCCUAUAGAACAUUUGUGGGCAGAACUGAAAAAGCGUGUGCGAGCAAGGAGCCCUACAAACCUGACUCAGUUACACCAGCUUUGUCAGGAGGAAUGGGCCAAAAUUCACCCAACUUAUUGUGGGAAGCUUGUGGAAGGCUACCCGAAACCUUUGACCCAAAUUAAAUAAUUUAAAGGCAAUGCUACCAAAUACUAAUUGAGUGUAUGUAAACUUCUGACCCACUGGGAAUGUGAUGAAAGAAAUAAAAGCUGAAAUAAAUCAUUCUCUCUACUAUUAUUCUGACAUGUCACAUUCUUAAAAUAAAGUGGUGAUCCUAACUGACCUAAAACAGGGAAUUUUUACUAGGGAAUUGUGAAAAACUGAGUUUAAAUGUAUUUGGCUAAGGUGUAUGUAAACUUCUGACUUCAACUGUAUCUACAGAUCAAGGGUUUGUUAGACCAAAGUUUGCCCACUGCCUAACCAGACUAGAGGUCAUGUUGGAAAGAAGUCACGAUGGAUAAAAUGUUCUAUUUACUUGCUUCUGUUUACACACACACACACACACACACACACACACACACACACACACACACACACACACACACACACACAGGCUGUGGCCCAUCAGAUAGUGUUCCUUUUAAAAGUCACAACCUGUUCUCUGGAACCAUAUGUAAGGAUAACCACGGGGAUUGGUAAGAAUGUCCACCCACCACGUUUCCUCUGUGCUGAGCUAAUGGCUGCUGUAAUUCUGCAGAAAUUGUACCUCCGUCUUAAGAAAACAGCGGCUAAAUUAAAAGCUGGUGUGUGGCAAUGACCGUGUAGUCUAUCAUGUGCUUCUGAACGUCGCAGCCACUUCAUUUGAUUCCUUGAAGUUUAGGAGAGGACAGAAACUCCUAAGGUCUGACCUCUGUGCAGAUGAUGUUUGAUGCUUUAAUUUCUGAAUAAUAGUGAUGGAAUCAAACCACUGAUGCCAGAGAGAGAAAAAAAACAUGACCAUAUGAGUUGUGCAUUGUCGUGGAAGUUCUACCCAAUAAGGAGAGACUUUGUUAUUUCUUCAAACAAUUAUACUUUAUUUAUCAAUUAAUUAUUGCAAUAAUGGAGCUGGUCAGACAUGCACUUCUAAGGUGUACGCCAGAGAGCUCGAAUGACACGAGGAGUACAGAAACCUUAUAUAGGCAAGUCAUCUUAUGCAAGCAUGUACAAAACUCGUGAUCUUGGUGUGUGUAUGUGCUGGACAAUGAGACGAAACUGGGGUACAGGGUGCAGACUAACUGUGAAAAAGAUUGUCUCAUUCUGAGGACAAUAGAUGUUAAAACAACAAGAAAUCUCCUCAGACAUAGUUCCUCAAAAGUAGAUUAAUGGCCCCUUGACCCAAGCAAGCAAGCGUCUUUCGCUGUCUGCCUAGAUGAUGUGGGACUUAACACCCAUACACAUACACACACCAAGUUUGAACCUUUUGCCCAGCAACAGGCCUUAGCCAGGACAACAGCUUUGUCAUUAGUGCGCAGAAUUUAACACUUUGCUCUGGUAGAAGUAGAUAGAGAUGGAACCAGUUCUUUCCCUUUUGACUAGCAGGAAACCAUAGAUCUCACCUGUUAGCUCUUGGCUGUGCACCCAGACAUCAUGUCCAUACUUCCCUAACACUAGGUUCCUAUGCUACACAUCCACAGAACAGUUAGAAACAGGCUCAUACCCAUGCAUGCACAAUCCCAUCUCAUAUGAUCUAGUUAAUCAAUCAUCUCAGAAUUAAGGCAGAAGCAAUUAAGCUUAAAGAAAAGCUUCUAGUACACAAGCAUGAUAAAGGUUUAACAAAAAUUGAUAUCACAGCAUGCACGCGUUUGUGCGUCUUUCCUGGGUAUUGUUCAUUAGGCACGUUUUAAAACAUUUUGCAACGGGAAACAAAAAUGUGCGUUUCUUAUUGGACAAAUCCAGGUGGCCCCUCCCUGUCUCAGUCCUGUUUUGUUCGUAAUGAACACAGCCCCGGUUUCUACUUUCUGAUGUUGUGUUGUGCAGGAAACAGGAGCUGUCUAACCUGCUCCAUGAGAAGAAGUACCUGAAGGCUCUGGGCCUGGCCAUCUCCCUGGACCAGCCACACACUGUGCUCAAAGUCAUCAAAGGUAAAUGUCUCUACCCUCUCUGUCUCUAGUCUCUCACAUAUUUUCUCCACACUGUACAUACGGCAUGUUGAUCAUCCAGAUUCUUCCUCACAUCUCCAGAAAUAGCUGCUGGAUUCCACAUCACUCAUUUUGUCACUCACCUUCCACCCUGUCACUACCUAUUAUCCUUCCUGUGUGUGUCUCUUUAGCACCCCCUCAUGACAUGCAUACCAACAGGUCCACUGACAGUCUGUCAAAGCCUUAGAGAGGCAAACAGACUAAAUGGACCAUAUCACUCUUCCCAAAUUCCAGGACGUUCUUCUGAGCCAAAACAUAAAUAGCUGUGCACAGGUGCACUUUAGUGUUUGUUUAUCAAAACAAAGAAGAGUGGAACAUCUUGUUUUAGACAUUGCAUGUAUUGAUCAUGGAUGAGGUAGACUGGGUGGUGUUCAUUAGGGCAAAACGUUGCACAACGAGAAUUAUAUGAUUUCUUAUUUUACAAGUUCCGAUAGUACCUCCCUGUUUGGGACCGCUUUCUUCCGUCUCGUGCCUAUUGAACAUAGCCUGAGAGAGAUCAGGUUCUGAGCUAAAUAAACGUACAGUUUAUAAACACAGGAGUGUACAUAUACUCAGUGUUAAGGCAUGUUGGCGUUGGGAACAUCAUGUAUGUAGGCAACACACUAGUGCAGCUCCAAAACAACAUGUCCUCUUAAAACUGCUUAUAACACAUUCUGUUUUCGAUAUUGAAAUUCUAACAACAUAUAACAUACGUAUGUUAAAUAGACUUAUUUAGGAAAAGUAAAGGACUGAGGGGUAAUGGCUUUAAAAAUGACAGAGAUGUACAUUUUCAAUUCAUAUGUAGUUAAAAUGACAGCCUUGGCACUUCUAGUGUUAAAAGCCAUUAAAAUAACUGGAUGUGAGAGACUAGGGUUACAUGUUUGACCGUCAAGGAUUGGUCAGAGUUCAUUGUAUUGGCAUAACAAUGGACCGUCAUACUGACACUAGAGGAUCUUAAAUGUGGUUGUUGACUGGAUGGGUCACUUAGGUCAUGAUGAUGCCUACUUAGGCUGCAUCCCAAAUGGCACCCUAUUCCCUAUCUAAUGCACUACUUUUGAUCCCCAUAGAGCUCUGGUCAAAAGUAAUGCACUUUGUAGGGAAAGUUAGUUAUGAAAAAAGUUACGUAAGUCUUAAUAGACUGGCUUAUGUAUUGUGUGCCAUGACACUGGCUAUGUAUGCCAGGAUCAUAGGCUUCUAUAUCUGAUGUGGGUUACUCUGUGUGUGCUGUCUGUGACCUCAUGACUGUCCUGUGUUGCCCCUAGCGAUCCGCCAGGGGGAGGAUGGUGCUAAGCAGCUGGAGAAGACUGUGCUGAAGCUGCGCCAGGACCAGAAAGGUGAGGUCAUAAAGGAUGAGGUAUACUCAGCUGGCCAAAAAAUCACUAUGUUUUUACUACGUUGCAGAACAUUCAAUAUGGUGAUGGAGCCACCUGAUAAUGGUCAGUGAAAAUGGUCUGUGUAUGUUAAUAGUCCAAGGGAAUGGUCCAUGAUAAAGGUCCUUGUAUGGUAAUGGUCCGUGAUAAUGGUCAUUGUAUGGUAGUGGUCCGUGAUAAUGGUCCGUGUAUGGUAGUGGUCCGUGAUAAUGGUCAGUGUAUGGUAGUGGUCUGUGAUAAUGGUCAUUGUAUGGUAGUGGUCCGUGAUAAUGGUCCGUGUAUGGUAGUGGUCCGUGUAUGGUAGUGGUCUGUGAUAAUGGUCAUUGUAUGGUAGUGGUCCGUGGAAAUGGUCCGUGUAUGGUAGUGGUCCGUGAUAAUGGUCAUUGUAUGGUAGUGGUCCGUGUAUGGUAGUGGUCCGUGAUAAUGGUCCGUGUAUGGUAGUGGUCCGUGUAUGGUAGUGGUCCGUGAUAAUGGUCCGUGUAUGGUAGUGGUCCGUGUAUGGUAGUGGUCCGUGUAUGGUAGUGGUCCGUGAUAAUGGUCCGUGAUAAUGGUCCGUGUAUGGUAGUGGUCCGUGAUAAUGGUCCGUGUAUGGUAGUGGUCCGUGAUAAUGGUCCGUGUAUGGUAGUGGUCCGUGAUAAUGGUCAUUGUAUGGUAGUGGUCCGUGGAAAUGGUCCGUGUAUGGUAGUGGUCCGUGAUAAUGGUCAGUGUAUGGUAGUGGUCCGUGUAUGGUAAUGUUCUGUGUAAUCCUCUACCCCCUCCCCUCCAGAGUCUAUGCUGCGCUUCUGUGCUGUGUGGAACACCAACGCCCGGAGCUGUCUGGACGCCCAGGCUGUGAUCCAGGUGAUGCUCACACACCUCUCCCCUGAAGAGCUGCUCCUGUACCAAGGAGCACGCGCACAUCUGGAGGGACUCAUACCUUACACUGGUGAGGUGGGGAAGAGUGUGUUUGGGGGUGGGGUGGGGAGUGUUUGGGUGAGAGGCGGGGUGGGGAGUGUUUGGGUCAGAGUGUGUGUGGGGUGGGGAGUGUUUGGGUGAGAGUGUGUGUGUGGGGGGUGGGGGUGGGGUGGGGUGUGUUUGGGUGAGAGCGUGUGUGGGGGUGGGGUGGGGAGUGUUUGGGUGAGAGUGUGUGUGUUAGGCACAUUGAUGUAUAGACUCACGCCAAACUGUGCAGAUGAUGUAUGAUAUUUUAAUUUCUGAAUAAUAGUGAAGGAAUCAAACCGCUGAUGCCAGAGAAUGUCCACUGAUUGUGUGUGUGUGAUGGUGUCCGCUUAUUGUGUGUGUGCAUGCGUCUUUACGUGUUUGUUGAUUCAGUUCCCUUGUUUGAUUUGACCCUGCUUGUGCCCCCUAGAGAGACACAUGCAGAGGAUAGGCCGUCUCCUGCAGGCCUCCAUGUUCCUGGACUACAUGUGGCAGAAGAUGAGAGUGACAGGAGCUCCAGCCAGGUGAGGGGGACCAGGGGAGGGCCUUAAACACAACACCCACCAAUCACAAUCCAGGGCUUAUACUAACGCUAUACAGCCUUGCCCAAUGACUUUCAAAUGUGUUUUCAAAUGCAUUGCUUUCAGAAAAAGAUUCAGAAUAAAAAGCACAUCAAUUGCAUUGUUUUGAGUUUAUUUUAAUAUGGAUUGAUAGUGAUGACAGAUAAUAUCUGUCUUAGGGGCGAAUCCUAACAUACACUUACCCUCCCAUCAAUAUCAAUGCAUUGACUGAGUGAAAAAUCAAUUUAUGCAGAAUUUAGGAUUCGACUCAAUAACUUCUCUGAAGUAAAAGACGUGUUCAAUUGUUUGAUUUCAUGUUUCCUUGUAGCCUUCUAAUUAACUUUGUAGCAGGAAACAGUCAUCCGACCCAUCAGUGUUGACAGUAUGCCUCGUGAAGGUUGCGAUAGAUCUAAUCUGAGUCUAGAACAAUGGCUGUUGUUGUUCAUAGGAAUCAAUCUAGGCAAGAGAUUUCACUUUCACAUAUCUGUGGUUUGAGACCAAUACCUGUGGAACCAAACUGAUGUGUUUACUGUAUGUACUGAAGUAGACCUCAUUCUGAAACCAGACACACAGCCACAUUCCCUCUCUAUGGUUGCAUCCCAAAUUGCACCCUAUUGUCUACAGUGAGGGAAAAAACAUUUUUACAUUUGCCCACUGACAAAGACAUGAUCAGUCUAUAAUUUUAAUGGUAGGUUUAUUUGAACAGUGAGAGACAGAAUAACAACAAAAAAAUCCAGAAAAACGCAUGUCAAAAAUGUUAUACAUUGAUUUGCAUUUUAAUGAGGGAAAUAAGUAUUUGACCCCUCUGCAAACAUGACUUAGUACUUGGUGGCAAAACACUUGUUGGCAAUCACAGAGGUCAGACGUUUCUUGUAGUUGGCCACCAGGUUUGCACACAUCUCAGGAGGGAUUUUGUCCCACUGCUCUUUGCAGAUCUUCUCCAAGUCAUUAAGGUUUCGAGGCUGACGUUUGGCAACUCGAACCUUCAGCUCCCUCCACAGAUUUUCUAUGGGAUUAAGGUCUGGAGACUGGCAAGGCCACUCCAGGACCUUAAUGUGCUUCUUCUUGAGCCAGUCCUUUGUUGCCUUGGCCGUGUGUUUUGGGUCAUUGUCAUGCUGGAAUACCCAUCCACAACCCAUUUUCAAUGCCCUGGCUGAGGGAAGGAGGUUCUCACCCAAGAUUUGACGGUACAUGGCCCCGUCCAUCGUCCCUUUUGAUGCGGUGAAGUUGUCCUGUCCCCUUAGCAGAAAAACACCCCCAAAGCAUAAUGUUUCCACCUCCAUUUUUGACGGUAGGGAUGGUGGUCUCUGGGGUUCAUAGGCAGCAUUCCUCCUCCUCCAAAUACGGCGAGUUGAGUUGAUGCCAAAGAGCUCGAUUUUGGUCUCAUCUGACCACAACACUUUCACCCAGUUCUCCUCUGAAUCAUUCAGAUGUUCAUUAGCAAACUUCAGAAGGCCCUGUAUAUGUGGUUUCUUGAGCAGGGGGACCUUGCGGGCGCUGCAGGAUUUCAGUCCUUCACGGCGUAGUGUGUUACCAAUUGUUUUCUUGGUGACUAUGGUCCCAGCUGCCUUGAGAUCAUUGACAAGAUUCUCCCGUGUAGUUCUGGGCUGAUUCCUCACCGUUCUCAUGAUCAUUGCAACUCCACGAGGUGAGAUCUUGCAUGGAGCCCCAGACCAAGGGAGAUUGACAGGUCUUUUGUGUUUCUUCCAUUUGCGAAUAAUCGCACCAACUGUUGUCACCUUCUCACCAAGCUGCUUGGUGAUGGUCUUGUAGCCCAUUCCAGCCUUGUGUAGGUCUACAAUCUUGUCCCUGACAUCCUUGGAGAGCUCUUUGGUCUUGGCCAUGGUGGAGAGUUUGGAAUCUGAUUGAUUGCUUCUGUGGACAGGUGUCUUUUAUACAGGUAACAAGCUGAGAUUAGGAGCACUCCCUUUAAGAGUGUGCUCCUAAUCUCAGCUCGUUACCUGUAUAAAAGACACCUGGGAGCCAGAAAUCUUUCUGAUUGAGAGGGGGUCAAAUACUUAUUUCCCUCAUUUAAAAUGCAAAUCAAUUUAUAACAUUUUUGACAUGCGUUUUUCUGGAUUUCUUUGUUGUUAUUCUGUCUCUCACUGUUCAAAUAAACCUACCAUUAAAAUUAUAGACUGAUCAUUUCUUUGUCGGUAGGGAAACAUACAAAUUCAGCAGGGGAUCAAAUACUUUUUUCCCUCACUGUAUAGACAAGUGCACUGCUUUUCACUAGGGCUCUGGUCUAAAGUAGUGCACUACAUAGAGAAUAGGGGAGGCAGUUUAUAAGCGUUGCCUGCAAAUGAAAGAACUGUAAUGAUGAAUAAGAAACUGAAUGUGGAACGGUAACAACGAUAACCAGGUCCUGGGAUCAGCUGGAGAUUAAUCAGAUACUAUAAAAUCCCAUACUGUACCAUGGAGCCUAAACUACAAUCUGGUAAAUCUACACUGAAACUUCUGGAAGAAUGGUGCUGUAGGACAGGUUUGAAGAAUGAUUAUUUUAAAGUAAUUAUCUAGAAAGUCAUUGUCAUGGGUCAAGCAUAAAGAUAAUGUAUUCUGCAGUACCCUAAUAUAAAUUAUGAUGUGAUAGGAAGCAUGCAGCGGAGCCUAAUUCUUCAACAUGGUCCUAAGAGCCAAUAAGAAUCCAGCUAGAGUCCAGCUUCAGGAAAUACGACAGAGCAAACAUGGGUCUGUGCAGCACGUGAUUUAUAUGGAUAUUUUACCUCCUUUGUUGUUGGUUGCUAAUGUGUGUUGUCAUAUCCUUUUACAGUAUGGACUCGCAGGAUGAGGAGAUGGACACCGCCUCUCUUCAGGUGCCGCACCCCCUGUUUAUGAUCGACAAGCGAUCAGGUGAGGGUGGGGAUGGGAGUAGGGAACAGGGGGAUGGUGAGGAGAGAUGGAAUGAGGGAGUGGUGGAGGAGGAUGGUGGUCUCGAGGAAGAUACAAAUUUCCCAGCCAACAUGGAGGAUGAUGAUGAAGUCAGUAUCACCAGGAAAGCCUCAGUCAGCGGACAAAGGGUGGAAAAUGGACAGAACAGAAAAGAAAAUGGCAGCCAUCCCUCUGGCAGUGAGGAGAGCUCAGGAGAUGAGGAAGAGGAGGACCAGGGAGACCAAACAGAGGGUAAGAUGGCCAAGUGUCAGAUCAUCCUGUCUGCAGCAUCCCCUCCACCCCUCCAAGCAAUCACCAGCUGAUGGGAGACUGUCUGACACCAAGCCCACCAAGGAUGCCUGUGUGUGAACCCACAGGAGUCCCCUUUAGCAUGGACCACUGCCUGGAGCAACUGAUAGUGUGGCUUUAUAGACACUGACAGACAGAGAAGCAGGUCCUGAACGACCUUUAAAAUGAACUGGUUUUGAGGUUGAUAUGCCUGGCUGUCAGCAUAGGCCCCUUUCUCGGCAGCCAUUUUGGAAAACCGUGUCAUUUCUCAUAAAUAGUGCCAUGAGUUUUUCUGACCAGGAAAAACUCUGGGCGCUACAUUUACAUUUACAUUUUUGUCAUUUAGCAGACGCUCUUAUCCAGAGCGACUUACAGUUAGUGAGUGCAUACAUAUUUUUUUUUUCAUACUGGCCCCCCAUGGGCUAGUUGAAGCCUGCUUCUCGUACCUAGUUGAAGCCUACUACUGGUACCUAGUUGAAGCCUGCUACUGGUACCUAGUUGAAGCGUACUACUGGUACCUAGUUGAAGCCUGCUAGUGGUACCUAGUUGAAGCCUGCUACUGGUACUUAGUUGAAGCGUGCUACUGGUACCUAGUGGAAGCC